AUGAAUGUGGCCGGCAUAGCUCAACUGGUUAGGCUGCCGGCCACCGAACGGAGAUCGGAGGAUCGAACCCCACAUAUGGCGAACAAAGCUUCAGCUGGAGGAAUUGUGAUGGUAUGGAUCACAGCAGCCAAAGGAAUUCGAUUGGGAAUGGUCAUUGGAUGGACAAUCGAUUCCAAGGGGUCGGCCCCGUCAUUUCGGAGCCCAGGGGCCGGCCCCAGCUAA